CGGCCAGCUGUGGACGUGGCUCCGCCAUAAAGCGAGCGUCUUGUCGUGCGGUACCACGCCCCCACGACGGUUAAGUUUGGGUUUGGAUAUACGCUCAACGCGCAUGGGUAGAACAGAUACUUAGAUGUUUACAGCAAUACGAGAAGGUCUGGAACCGUGGAGCUGUAGCAUGACAUUUUGGGCAUACUUUACUCUUCUACUGACCAUCAUUGACCAUGGUGUGACUCAGAAUGUUUUCUGCUCCACUACGCCUGGCUGUGGUCUCAACGACCUGGAGGCUUCCACUAUUCCAGACUGUUGCGCAAGGCCUGGAGCCCUGUCAUACAAACCUACCCCUUCUUCUGAGUCAUGCAGUCUAUGCUUUGCGUAUGGAUGGGUCCAGAAUAUUGCUGAGGAUCGCACCUCGGCCCAACCCCAGGCUCCCAUAACUGCAGUGGAGGGUCAGGACAUCCCUCUAUACAUCUUCUUCUCUAAGAAUGGACCACUCAUCAGGCAUGCCUUUGCCUUCACAAUUCAGAUUUCGUCGAGUACUGCAGAAGAAAAUGUGGACUACACACUCACUCAUGAUGUGGAUGUUGAAAUCAGUCCUGCUAACAAUGUUCCCAUCUCAGUCACACUGUCAUUGUUGAAUGAUGGAGUGAUUGGAGAAGAAGUAGAGAAUGUUACUCUGACACUGGUGAAUGCGAUACUAGCAGAUGAGAAUGAAAUACUGCUCUAUGACACAGUUAUCAUUAGUAUUGUGGACAAUGACAUAACAAUAGGGUUUCCCAAGAGAGAAGUGACCAUCACUGAAGGCGACCGUGAGACUGAGAUCUGUCUCGUGACAGAAGGAGUCCCUGCACUUGACACGGCUCUGGAUGUUACUCUGAUACCUGUUACUGCCGAUGAAAAAGAUCUGAAUCUGUUGACUACUGAGGUGGUGAUUGGUGCCGAUGCCACCGGUGAGCCGUGUGUCAAGUUCUCAGCUGCAGUGGAUGGCGACAAUGAGGGAGAUGAGAUACUUACACUGAUACUCAGUGGACCACCUAAUGUCCGUCUGCAGAGUCACUCUCUAACUGUCUUCAUCAAAGACUCUGAUGGAGCGAAACAGAUGUUUGUCUGCUCUAAGGCGUCAGAUUGUUCCGACUCAUUCACCACUGAGAGUGUGGCUGAUUGCUGUGUAAUGCAGGGGUGGCCUCACUUAUCAGAAUACCAACGGAACAUGCUCCAAAUGUGAUGUGCCAGGUUGUGUAAGAGAGCAUGAAAUUGACAAGGCUAAUCAAGAUGAGACUAAUAAUGAUGGGGGAAACUCCUCCCAUCUGGAGAUAAUACUACCCGUGGUGAUUGCAGUACUCAUCCUCAUAUCUCUCCUGGUAAUUGGUGUACUGAUAGUAACUUACGUUCUGAAGAAGAAGGGAAACGACAAACAAACUUUGUGAUUAUCUCAUCUUCGUUAUGCUACAAAUUUUUUAUUACAUGUCAGUACAUAUAGUUUACACAGGGUAGAUACAAACUUGUAAUGUAUGUAUAAUUAUAUGUAAUCACAAAAGCCGGAUAAACUUCUGGUAUUAACUUUACUAGUUCAGUAAUCGUGUUAUCAUGUGCCUCAAAGCAACUGUUAUAUGUACGAAUAAUCAAACACAACGUAGCCUGAAUAGGCAUUGAGGCGUACUCCUGUAGAAGAUGCAGAACUAGUGUACGGGAGAUACCAGGUGUG